AUGGAAGCGAGGGGCGCGAAAAUUGAAAGCGUUACGAGUAAACCGACGACAAACUAUCGACCGCAACCGAUGGACACCGUACAACUGGAGAAACUGGCUGUGCGAAAAUUGAAGAUGAGUGCUAAACAAGCCAUGGAUAUUGCGGAGAAACUCUACAAUAAGGGUUAUAUUUCAUACCCAAGGUAUUUCUCUUCAACACAAACGAUUUGGGGACGGAGGAGGAGCAGGGGGGGCGGGGCUGGGCGUGGCGGUACUGGGGAACGCUCUCUCUGUUCGCCUGGCACUGAUCCCCUGAGGCAGAGGAUACCAUCUUGA